UACACUUCCAUAAAUUUUCGCAGGCCAAUUCUUCCUAUUUCUCCUCCAAUCGAAGAUUUUUCGCUCCAUUGUUCUUGCAGUUCGUCGUGCUGUUCAUCCCUGCCUCCGACCCGAUUGGUCAACGCCACCGCGCGCCCCGCAAAUCGCGCCUGGCCCGCCUGCCCUGCUCCCGCUCGACGUCGCCUCGAUCCGGCCCGCGCCUUGCUCCUUGCCCGCGCGCAGCAGCAGCAGGCAAUCCCACGCCCAACCAAGCGCCCCGCUCGAUCCCUGGCCAAGGCCCGCACGCCGAGGCUCCAUCCAGCCACGCACGCCCGCGCGCAGGACUCCUUUCCGGCCGCUCGCCUCACCAGCCGCCGCCGCCGCUGCCCACCACACCGCCGGCCACCUCCUUCCACCCUGCCUCGCUGCUAGCUCGCCUCCGCUCCGACAGCGCGCAUCAAGCCUCACCACCGCGCGCCCCACGCAAGCGCCAAAGCCAGGCCGCAUCCCAGGCCACCGCUGAGCCCAACCCGCCCCGCGCUGCUCCUCCGCCUGGCCCGCGUCAAGCGCCUCCACCAGCAGCCGCUCCACACCCCGCUCGCCUUGCCCGCCGCAUCUCUGCCGCUGCUUCACCUUGCCUGCACGCGCGCAUCAACCAGACCUGCUCCCGCCCGCAGCCAGUCAACGCCCGUUGCUGCUCAUCCACUUCGUUCCCAAAUCCCAGCAAUCCACUUCCUCUCUCUAGUGUGCAGCAUCGUAUCAGCCAAAAGAAAAAAAAAAUUGGCCGGAGCCUCCGCCUGCACUACCGGUCUCACUACCGCUCGGCGCAAUUCCCUUACAGUAUAGUUUAGAUCAUUUACCGGUACCAUGGCCGGUACCAUCACCGGUACUACCGCUCACCAAAAAUCUGUCCAAUUUUGACUUCACUUUUUGCCCCAAAUUUUGACAACUUUCCGGCGUCCGUUUGACUCCAAAUUUUAACAGCAUCCCCCAAAUACUCCACAUAGUCUACCCUCAAUUUUUGACGAUUUUUGGAGCCCAACUUUUGACCGCUCGUUUUGACCCAACUUUUCGGGCAUUGACUUAAUUUGCUCGGUUUCCGAUUUGGAGUGCAUCGGUCGUCUAUUCCACUUCCGCGCCUACAUCAACACCGCGACGACACCGUUGGCACCCCGGAUUCUGGCGCAACCUCGACAUCAUCAUCGACACCACCACAUCGCCAUCGCAAGUUCGUGUGCUUGACACCGCCUAACGUCAAUAGGUUGCUCGGACAUCGACGACGCCAUUGCCAUGGAGAUGAGGGACUCCACUAUAGAUCCCAUGGAUGACGAGACGCCGAUCAUGGAGAAGAUGUACAUGGUGCAUGAAGAUGACGAUAUCACACCAUGCUUGAUUGAAGAUGAACAUGGAGGCCACGUCGAGCCUAGCUCUUCCACAACACCUACCUCAUAUGAGCGGGAAUACAAAGGUACCUAUAUGGGUGUUGAUGAUGCCAUGAUCCCACUAGUGGACAUGAAGAUUGAUGAGUGCAUGCAUGAUCUUGAUGAUACAAAUGCUAUGUCAUAUGCUUCUUUCAUUUUCCCAUGUGAUGCUUUGAUUGAUACCAACAUUGUUGAUCAUGUGGACUUGAUUGCUUGUGAUAACAUGACCAUGCCAUGCUAUGAGUGUUUCGAUUUCUAUCCUAUUGCUUGCAAUUUGUCGAACAAUUGCUCUUUCCCAUGUAUUGCUUGCAAUGAAAAUGAUGAUGCUAAUUCUUGUGUUGUGACAACCUUGCCGAACAAUUUCUCUUUCCCUAGGUUUGUCGACAACAAUAAUCAAAUGUUGAACAUGUUUUGUGCUACAUGCUUGCAAUAUUCUCCCAUUAAUGCAACCAAAAUGAUGAACAAUUUCUCUUUCCAAUGCUUGGCUUGCAAUAGUGUUAAUAUGCUUGUAAAUGAGAUUGCCCCCAUAGCUCUCUCAAAUUUUGGAGACUUUGCAUAUAUCCAUGUUGAUCAUGUUCCCAUGUUUACUCCGCAUAUUCACCAUAUCUAUUAUGAUGCUUGGCUUAACGCUAAUGGUGAUGUGCAAAAGAAAUGGAACAUCAUGAUGGAUGCUGUGUUCAUAUACCAUGCACACACGUUCUUUGUUUUGCCUAUGGUGUGUGUAGGUACCCAAAAUCCAAUGUCAACCUCGAUUGAGCACGAGUUGACAAAAAGAGCUCUUGAGAGCGUGAUACAAGUGAGCUCCAAUGAGUGGUUUCGCCCACACACUUCGACUACACAAGAUCUCUCAAUGAGAGCACACCGACACUUCGAUAAGGUGACCUCCUUCAACUUGCGCUCUCUUGCUAUACCCAUGGAACUUCGGCUACUCUUUGAGUGUUGUGUUGCUUGUCUUGUGCUAUUGAUAGGGUUCAUGAUAAGUGAUGCCACAUUCAAGAGUUGUUGUCAUCUCCCACCUCUACCCGUUCAUGAUGAGUUAUCGUCGAGGUCGACUCUUUUUCAAGUGGGGGGAGAUGAUGUAGCCCGACCUUCGGUCUUCGGCACAUCAUAUGCAUCGACGCCGACAUGUCACGCAAAGGUGAAUCUUCUCCUUUAUGCGUGCGUACAAUUACCUAUGUGGAAUGGUAUGCUACUUCAUCCUCCGUCAUAUGACCAUGAUAGGAAUACAUCGCCAAGUACGGAGGAAGUGGAGGAUGCCAUGGAUGCUCGAGGACUCAAGGCCGAGGUCGUGGAAGCAUGGAAGAAGCUCCAGGCGCAGCUACACCGGAGUCGCCGGCCUCGCCAACUCACAACGGAGUCUCCGGCCCAUGAAGAUCAAGACCGGAGUCUCCGGCCUACAUACACGAGAGUCUCCGGACUAUGUGAAGCGCUAGCCACAAGUCAAUUAGGGCCAAGGCCCAUGUACCCCCUUCUAUGCCUACACUACCCCUCCUUAGUGGCUCCCUAUAUAUAGGCUCCCACCUUCCCCUUCAUUAGGUUAGAGUAGAUGAACUAGAAUUUGGCUCAUGCCUCCACCAUCCCUUUGGGAUUAGGGAAACCCCCUCCUUAGAUUAUCCAAAUCUAUUGUACAAGGCACUCCUUAUAUGAUUAGUCUCUCACACUUGUGAUUCUACCA